AUGCCGGGAAACUACGGAAUGCUGGAUCAGGUGCUGGCCUUGAGGUGGGUCAGGGACAAUAUUAGGUCGUUUGGGGGUGACCCCAAUAGCGUCACUAUAUUUGGGGAGAGUGCUGGGGCGGCCAGUUGCUCACUGCACGUCCUGUCUCCUAUGUCCAGAGGUCUGUUCCACAGAGCUAUCAUGGAGAGUGGGUCAUCGUUCAAUCUCUGGGGAACUGAGCGGCCUGGGACAGCCGUCAAACUGGACAACUUGACCAAACAGAUCGGCGAGAGAGUUGGCUGUAGGUACACCAAUUCCGAGUCCCUCUUGGCAUGUCUUCGCAAUGUCAGUGCUAGGAACCUGCUAGAAGCCACCCUGACCGUUCGAUGGCAGUCGAGGAUUGAGAUCCCGCUAACUCCCCGGGUGGAGCGCCGGUUUGGCUUCCUGCCGGACUACCCCAAGCGGUUGCUGGAGACAGGCGCCUUCAACAGAGUGGACACUAUCCGAGGAUUCAACUCUGGCGAGUACUCUUACUUCAUCAACGACCCUGAAAAUAACGGACUGACCAGGGAAGAGUUUGGCGCCAGUUUUGAAAGAUUUUUCACCAAGUACCCAGUUCAAAGCCACGCCCAUGACUUCCUUGUACAGUUUAUUGGCGCCAACUAUCUCGGCAACAACACCAACCCUAUCAGCAUCCGCUCCAACCUGGUCACGGCGUUCGCAGACACGGGCUUCGGUCUGGGCAGCCUCUUAGAGCUACAGAAGAUGUUGGAGCAUGGGGGAGCCAGUUCGAAUCAUUAUGUUUACCAGGUGGACUAUCAAACAUCACUGAGCAACCAUCCCGCCUGGAUGGGUGUGCUACACGGCGGGGAACUGCCGCUGGUCUUCAUGAAUACCUCUCCAAUUCCACUGUUCUUCCUCAGUCCCACUGACCGGGCCAUGGGCGAGAAAGUCCAAACCUUGUGGACCAACUUCGCCAGAACCGGCAACCCUACGGCGACAAGAGUUCCCGAGAAUGGGGGUGAAGUUCGCUGGAGCAGGUACACGCUCGCCAGUCCUGUAGUUCUGCGGAUCGACGCCAGAACCAAUGAGAUCCCUUUCCCCAGACCAGAGUCGCUGAGGGCCUACGAUCAGUUCUUGAGCAUUCUUCAAGUGAACAACCCAGCAGAACUAGGAAACUUCACUGCCCUCAGCGCCCCCCAGGGAAAUAUUCAGAUUCCCCGGCUAGUUUAA